CGUUCUAGCCGUGUUUCCCACUCUCGAUUUGCUGUACACAACUGUGGUAAAAAUGUACUGUGGUAAACAUAGAAAAGGAGCGAAGAGGGAAGACGAGACAGCUGUAUGAAAAAAAAAAUCAAAACAUUGACAAAAAUCGUACAGCAAAGUGAUAUGAACGACUCCGUUGCGAAGUACUAUAACUAUGGUGAUGCUAAUAUUAUUGAUUGGGCCCAGGAAGCCGAAUCCGUCAUACGGGACAUUGCUGAACACGUAAAAGAAGCCUCGCACUCCAAGCUCCUGCCAGCAACACGCACAGAAGCAUACAUCAAUAUAACGACGCUAGGUGACAAAAUGAUGUGUGUAAAACUUAACGCUGAAGGCUUACAAAUUGUAGGUAAUGUCCACGAUGAUAAAACUCGCGACAGUUCCAUCAAUACUCGGUACGAAACACCGUAUGCGCUAUUAUCGGACGUUUGCUCGUCAUAUGUGAAUUCUUUCGGUAGCUCGCUAGUAAAUGCCUUAACUGCGCUAGAGCAAGAACACUCACAACACCGUGAAUUAGAAGAUGUCGAAUAAAUUGUUAUGUAUUUUAA